UCGAAUAUGGCAAGUCAAAACGUUCUUUUCGGACGUUCCUUACUAUGUCACUCUAUCCUGAAAUUCUCGCACUCUACUCUUCCUCGCCAUGCAAGUCCUUCAGGCUGGAAUCACAUCCAAGCGCCUGAUAUCUUUGCUCUCGUUGAACAGCUCGACCAUGACGGCAUACAGCUCAGAAUCGUCCAAGGUACCAAUGAUCUGGUUCUCCCACUCACGGCCAUCAUCCAAGAGACUAGAGACUUGCAUAAGAGACAGCCGAAGCAGUCACCAGACAAUCUGCCCAUCUUUGGUCUGACUAAGGGUACUGCAAUGGCUGUUCGCUAUUUCUGCCAGAAUAAUCAGGUCAGACGUAUUCAGUUGCGCUUCACUGAUGAAGCCUCCUGCAAUGAAGCUGUACAGCUGCUCUCUGGUCACGGACUCAUGUUCUCAAUGCCGCCGGCCAAGCAGAACACCCAGUCUCAAGCUCGUCCUAUGACAGCUAACUCAUACAUGAAUCGUCAACCCUCUAUGCAGUCCGCUCGCUUCGAUCGUGAGACUUCCUCGAUCAUCGUUCCGACAAUCCAAGGUACGACGCAACAGUCGAGUCAGCACGACAACGACUCAACCAACCUGCACAUGCUCACUUCAUCGCCGGGUCCAAAAGUGUAUCAAACCACAAGUAUCGAAAGACAACCUUCCGUCAAUUCAGACGAGCUGUCCCGCAUGCAUAUGUUCACCUCUUCACCAGGAUCAAAGGAGUAUGAGACUCGGGGCAUUCAAAGACAGCCAACGUUUGGUCCAAUCCGCACGAGCGAAGAGCCAACAGAAAGGCCUUCGACUGCGCCGAUUCAGUGGCCAUCAGACAUGGCCAGGGCAAUGCUACCUCCUCGUAGAGAACUUCCUUUCCCCAAACCGUCUAGCAGUCCCGCAAAGACCAAGAUGCUGCCACCUCUUCCGAAGCCAAGUUAUGCUUCAGAGGCUGCGAAGUCGGAAAAGUCAAUAAAAGAGGAAAGUCGAAGUAGUAUGUCGCCAGAGAAGAAGAUCAACCCGGGUAUCACACGACUCGCCACUCCUCGAGGACCUACAAGAUUCGAGCCUCCAUCCUCACGGAUGUACAACUUUCAGCCGAGCGAUGACUCUAUGACUAUGGUCAAUGAAAGUCCCGGGUACAGAGGUAUUGAUAUUCCAAGCGGCACUAUAGCUCGUGAGCGCGACCAAGGGUUUGUCGCAGAUACAGAUCNNAACGCUACCGUAGCAGCAAAGCCCCCUGUGUUCGAGCCCUGGGCAGAUGACAUCUUCCAGUCCAUCGGAAAGACGUAG